AUGAUUUUGCUUCGUAUGUAUUGCUCAGAAGGAUCUUACGGUGUAUUUUGCUUAAAUCACUGUGAGGUGCCACCCGAAUUCGAUCCGGAUCACGUGAUGUGCGAAACAGGCAGAUUUUACUGUCGACCGGGUUGGACCGGAUUGAACUGUGAACUGAAAGACCCGUGUACGAUGGACGGAUUGCGAUUGUGUCAAAAUGACGCGAAAUGCAUUCCCACUUACACUUCGGGUCUAGGACCGGGUGAUACAGCCACAUUUCGAUGCGCUUGUGUACCGGGAUGGGUUGGUCCAUUGUGUUCGAUUCCGGACCUAAGGAUGUGUCAACACGACAACAAUACAGUUGGUACUUACAGUCCUUGGAAAUAUCAAUGGGCAGACGACGAACGCGAUCUUGCAAUCAGUUACGGUAAAUUCAGCUAA